AAAAGGACAAGGUCGUCUGUCCGCCAUUUUGAGGCAAUACCAGAGCUGAAAAAAACGUCAAUGACGUAAAAACGUCUGUUCGUAUAAAAGACAAGUCCCUCCCCUUCUAGCUCAUUCCUGGAUUUAGUCAAAGGUUUGAAUACGUUUUCCUGAAGAUUCAGCCGUCGAGGACUUCCUAACUACUCAAAUUGAUGUUUUUUCUUCAAGUAAUGGACAUCUGAUUACUAUUUUUGCCACCAGUUCUUGAAGGAAAAGGCUAGCCUUUAGCUACCAAAGCCCCACCCAUUAGAAAUUUUGAAGCAGGCUUUGAAUUAUUUGCAGUGUUGUGGAGUUCUGAGACAAUAUAAAACUUCUACUACAACAAUUAAACGGAAAUGGAGGGGGUGCCGGUGGACCCCAAAGAGAUUUUGAAGGGAGUGGAGGUUCUACUAGGGAAGGAUGGAGGACUGUGUAGUUUGGAGGGAGUCCCAAAGAUGUUCAGCUUAAUGAAAGCAUCUGCCAAGAUGGUCAGUCGGUGUAUGUACUUGAACAUCCUACUUCAUACAAAAUCUCAUGACGUUCUCAACAGGUUCAUUAGAGUUGGUGGAUACAGAUUGCUGAACUCAUGGCUCACCUACUCCAAAACCACAAAUAAUUCUCCACUGCUGCAACUUAUUCUCCUCACGCUGCAGAAGUUGCCACUCAAAGUGGACCAUCUCAAACAGAACAAUACAGCAAAGUUGGUAAAACAACUGUGCAAAGGUGCAGAGACAGAAGAAUUGCGGAAGUUGGCAUCUGUUCUUGUCGACGGGUGGAUGGCCACAAUUCGCUCCCAGAGUGUAUCAAGCAACGCCAACAGUCCUGCUGAUAAGAAGAAGAAGAAAGAAGAUGGGAAAGUCCCACUCAAAGAGGUGAAAGACAAGAGUGGAGAAGAGGAGAAGAAAAAAGACAAGGCCAAAGCUCAUGCACCUAGUCAUGCAAAAAUUCGUUCCAUUGGUCUAGAGAUGGACACUCCUAACCCUGCCCCCACGAAGAAGACUCCAGCUGCUCCUCAACUCGGUGACAAGUACAACAUCAAGCCUCCAGUCCUCAAGAGGUUAAGUUCUGGUCACUUGGAUAAUCCCCCAUUGGAGAAGAAAUAUAAACCUCUAAACACGCCAUCUAAUUCUACCAAAGAAAUAAAAGUCAAGAUCAUUCCAGCGCAACCCAUGGAAUGUACAGGGUUCCUAGAUGCGCUUAACUCUGCUCCAGUGCCUGGUAUCAAGAUCAAGAAAAAGAAGACUGCGACUGGUUCACCUUCUAAUGCCAAGGCUGUGUCACCGACCUCAAACAAGGCAAAUCCAUUUGAUGGUAAGCCAUCUACGUAUUCCUCAUCUUCUGCCAAACCAACAUCUCCAGAGACUGUUUCUUCAAGUACGAUUGAUGAAACCCAGGACCUGGACCGGCCUGGAACCCCCGUGCCCUCUGAAGACCCUGACUCCAUGGACACUGGUGACAAGCCUAAUGCGCUGUCAGAACCUCGUGGAGAAGAAGACUUAACGAAGAAGGGCAAGAAAAAAAAGACUGUUCACUGGGCUCAGGAAGAUAACCUCAAACAUUAUUUCUACUUUGACCUCGAUGAGACAGAGAGAGUCAAUGUCAAUAAGAUCAAGGACUUUGGUGAGGCAGCCAAACGGGAAUUGAUGAUGGACAGACAGACAUUUGAGAUGGCCCGACGACUUUCCCACGAUACUAUGGAGGAGAGGGUGCCCUGGACACUUCCUCGGCCACUGACAUUGCCUGGCAGUCUGGUCAUUCCUGGAUCCAACAGCACAGAAAAGCUCACCCAGCGGGACCGUGAAAUGGGCAUCUUACAGGAGAUCUUUCUGAGUAAAGAGAGCGUGCCUGACAGUCCACAUGAACCUGACCCAGAGCCUUAUGAACCUAUGCCCCCUCGACUCAUUCCUCUAGAUGAGGACUCGUCAGUCCCAGACGAUGGCUACUCGGAGCCCAUGGACACAUCUCAGCCGGUUCCCGCAAUGACUCAAAAUGAGGGCUCUAAGUUGCCACCGGUCCUUGCAAACUUGAUGGGCAACCUGAACAACAAUUCACGUAGCCCCCAGACCACAAACACUGUCAACAAUCCCAUCACACCAGCUGUCAACGUACAGGAGCUACUUUCAUCUAUUAUGGGUGCUUCUGGUAACCAGUCUACUGAAGAUCUCAUUAAGCAACCUGACUUCUCUGAUAAGAUUAAACAGCUUCUUGGUUCUCUGCAACAGACACAGAACCAGAACCAGGGACCAACACCAGUCAACCCUGGUUUGCUGGGUCAUGUUCCCAUGAACAACAUGCACAUGCAGAUGCAGAUGCCCAUGAACAGUGGCUUCCCACCCAACAUGCCUCCAGGUGGCCCCCGCUUCAACCACCCUCCACCCCCUCAUGGUCAUGGGCCGCCUUUCAACGCUGGCGGAGGCCCACGCAUGUUGGGACCCCUGCCGGGACAGGGUCGUGGGGAUAAUGGCAACUACUGGGGAGAUGAUUCCAUGAGGGGAGGGCCCCAUCGAGGAGGCCAUUUCCACCGAGGAGGAAGAAGCCGAGGAGGAGAGCCUGGUUUCCGGGGCAGAGGACGAGCGGGUCCAAGAGGAGGACACAACAUGAAUGACAUGUCUAUGCGGCCUGUUUGUCGUCACUUCAUGAUGAAGGGAAACUGCAGGUACGAGAGCAACUGCGCUUUUUACCACCCUGGUGUAAAUGGACCUCCGUUCCCCCCGAACCACCCAGCAAACAACCAGCAUGGACACUAAGUGGCAGUGCCUCCUGACAUAUUAUACAUUUCCUUUUCAUCAAACCACUGCAGAGUGAUUGUACAAGUGACUCCAGUUCUGUGAGAUGAUCACCAAUGGCACUGUUUUUGACAGACUGAAACCUUCACAGUUUUUGCCACUAUGGCUACCUGUCAGUGUCAAUGUCGGCAACAUGCUUGAACUUAAUGAAAGUCAACAGAAAGCUUGCCACAUAAUUUCACCUCUUUUCCAGUGUACGCACAUUGCUUUUGAGCAGUGUUGUUUGCUUCUUGUACGAUUCUUUAGCAGCGCAAAAGAAGCUAAAUCAAAUGACACCAUUAUAAUUGAACUUAAACAACUAGAUUGAAACGACCCUUUAUUGCGAUCAAGUUUAACUGAUACAAGGGAGGUUUUUUUUUUGUCUUCACCCCGUCCCUUACUGCAGCUGCUAAAUGAAUGUGCUUAAAAUGAAGAUGAUCCUGUGUGUGCUACCUUAAAAAAAAAUUGUCUCCA